AUGGCCGAAACCGGCCAACAGAAGGUCACAGCCGCAUUUCCCCCUCCCCCUCCGUUCUGGAAGCACUUCACGACUCAGAACCUGAAGAAGCUCGAGGAAUGCAAGAAACAGCACGAGGAGAAUAUCGACUCAAAGCAAACAUGGACCCCUGAAACUCUUCGCCUUCUCGAGCUUCCUGCGGAGCUGCGAUUCAUGGUUCCACCCAAGGCCCCAACAUCAGGUUCAUACUCGUUAUUUGGAGAGUGGCAAUCGGUUUCCAUAAACCUUCCCUCCCUUCAAGACCAAGGCAUUGAGCAACUCUACCCCCAACCACCAUCCGGCGACGAAAACGCCCUACCCCCAAACCACCGCUUCUACUUGCUAAAAAUUAGCAAAUCUCUCCUCCUCAACUUCCUCGAAUUUGUUGGCGUGCUUGCGCUAUGUCCAGGACGUUUUGAAUCCAAAGUUCAGGACAUCCGAAAUCUAUUUAUCAAUGCCCACCACCUUCUAAAUUUGUAUCGACCACAUCAGGCCCGAGAGUCACUGAUCAUGAUGAUGGAGGAGCAACUGGAGAAGACCAAAGAAGAAAUACGGGAGAUGGAUAGGGUUAAAGAGAAGGUUCAUGGGUUUCUUGAGAGACUGGAGGCGGAGGGGUCAAAUGUAGCUGCUCAACUUACUGGGACUGGGACUAGGUCGAGGCCUUCGAGUGUGGCUAAGGCAAAUCAGACUACGAAUGGAGAUGAGGAAGUGAUUGAAGAGGCUAGGUCGGUGUGGAAUUUACUUGACGAAAUAGAUGAAGAUUGA